AUGUCAAUAAGAGAAACAUCAGAGCUGAACACGGAGAAUAAACACCUCAAAAUGCGGCUACAAGCUUUAGAGCAACAAGCUGAACUUAGAGACGCUUUGAAUGAAGCGCUGCGGGAAGAACUGAACCGACUCAAGAUAGCUGCCGGAGAAAUCCCUCAAGGGAACGGUAAUUCAUUCAACCGUGCUCAGUUUUCGUCUCAGCAAUCGACAAUGAAUCAGUUCGGAAACAGUAAGAACCAACAGAUGAGUACAAACGGGCAGCCAUCGCAGCGCCCGAGCUUCAUGAAUUUCACCAAGAGAGGCUAA